AUGUUCCCAGAGGCUCCGCGGCAAGUCGGAAAGAGGGCUGGGGCUCCCCUGUCCUUGAAGGAGCUCCAGGACUCCCAGUCAGCCGGCUGCCCUGGUGCUGCCUGCUUGCCUUUGCCCUGCAGCCUGUGCAGGGUGCCUCCCGUCGGGCACUCCUGCCCAGUCCCUCCUGAGAGCAGGCUGGUGGGUGUUUGGGCGAAGGCCAUGGCAGGCCCCGAGCGGAGGCCCCGGACGCUGCAGCUGCAAAGAGCCGCUCUCUCGGCGGGGGCCUUGCUUGUGGGGCAGACCGUGGAUGAGAAAAGGGAGCCUUUGAAAAGCAAGAGCAACGAAGGGCAGAGCACCGAAAAGGCAUCUGGGAAGAAAAAAGGCCUGCAAAGCUAUGAAGAGCAGGCAGAGAAGCGGGGGGGAGCCCUUCCGACCUCCCUGUCUCCCCCCUCUCCCCCAGUGGUCCCAGCCUCGCUGGCCCAGGAGCUGCCCCAAGCCAUGCUGCGGAUGGACAUGGCCCUGGAACGGGAGUACGCCCUCGACAUCUUCAGCAACCUGAUGCGGAAGCAGCCGUCCUAUGCCUUCCACGGCUUUCACCUGCCACGGUCGGUGACGGUGGAGAUGAGAGCCCUUCUGGUGGACUGGCUGGUGCAAGUACAUGAGUAUCUGAAUCUGGCUGAUGAGACCCUCCAUCUGGCCAUCCAUCUCAUGAACUCCUAUAUGAGAGCAAGCCAUGUCAGGAUCCCUCACCUGCAGCUCCUCAGUGCCACCUGCCUCUUUCUGGCAUGCAAACUGGAGGAACACACCUGUCCAGAGCCAGCCCAGCUGUGCUUCAUGAUGGAAAACUCCUGCAGCCGAAAGGAUCUCCUGCGAAUGGAACGCAAAAUCCUGGCCCGGCUCGGGUUUGAGCUGCACUACGCCAACCCCGUCCACCUGUUCCGCCUCCUGGCAGAAGCAGCCCAUUGCACCUUGGAGGUGAAGUUCUUGGCCCUCUAUUUCCUGGAAACUUCUCUGCUGGAGGUGGACUGCCUGUGCUUUGAGCCCGCUCAGUUGUCCUUUGCGGCUUUGUCUCUGGCACACCGGCUGACGUGUGAAGCCAGAAUCAAAGAAAUGGAUGCAUUUCAGGAACAUGUUCCAAAGUUCCAUGUGUACAGUGAGGCUGAGCUGUCGGCUGUCUUUCCGUACAUGGCCAAGGCGGUUUUGCAGGGGGGCAACGCCUCCCUUCGUGCCAUCUUCCUGAAAUACUCCAGGCCACAGAAGCUUUGUGUCAGCACCAACCCUGCCAUUGCUGCCUCUAAGUUCCUGAGCCACUUCCUGAGGGAUCCCACCCAAUGAAGGAGGAGGAGGAGGAUGCUGGGGUGAUGUGUGAACUGUCCCUUCCCACUGCAUGUGGGAACAGGGAGUGCAGGGAAGCCAAGCAUUGUCCCAGGCUUGACUCGGCUCAGAAGAUUGUGGGGCCCCUUCUCUCCUCUUCUUCCUUCACACAGGAUGUUUUCUCACUUCAUCCUUGUCUGUCUUUCUGUCCCACCCUCUCUCUGAGGUCUUGAGUCUUGUGCAACCCCCCCUUGACUAAAAACAAAAAAGAGAUUGUAAGCAAAGGGGCUUCAUAUGUC